AUGCCCUUCGCUCAGCUUGUCCUCGGUAGCCCGGGCUCCGGCAAAAGCACCUAUUGCGAUGGCAUGCACCAGUUCAUGGGUGCCAUCGGGCGUGCAUGCUCCGUCGUGAACCUCGAUCCUGCCAACGACCACACAAGCUACCCGGUUGCCCUCGACAUUCGAUCCCUCGUCAAGCUCGAGGAUGUGAUGAAGGAAGAGCGGCUCGGACCCAACGGCGGCAUCUUGUAUGCCCUCGAGGAGCUGGAGCACAACUUCGAGUGGCUCGAGAAUGGCCUCAAGGAGUUUGACCAGGAUUAUAUCAUCUUUGACUGUCCGGGUCAGGUAGAACUGUACACACAUCACAACUCGUUGCGAAACAUUUUUUCGCGGCUCGAGAAGAAGCUCAACUUUCGUUUUGUAUGCGUCCACCUGUCCGAUUCCAUCUGCCUCACACAGCCGUCGCUAUACAUCUCCAACGUCCUCCUAUCCCUCCGAGCCAUGAUCCAGAUGGACAUGCCGCACGUCAACGUGCUGUCCAAGAUUGACAAGGUCCACACAUACGACAGCCUCCCCUUCAACCUCGACUACUACACCGACGUCGAUGAUUUAACGUAUCUUACGCCGGCUCUCGAGGACGAGUCCCCGGCUAUGCGCACCGGCAAGUUUAGCAAGCUCAACGAAGCCAUCUCCAACAUGAUUGACAGCUACGGCCUGGUUCGGUAUGAGGUGCUCGCUGUUGAGAACAAGAAGAGCAUGAUGCACCUGCUGCGCGUGAUAGAUCGGGCGGGCGGAUACAUCUUUGGUGGGGCCGAGGGUGCCAACGACACCAUCUGGGCCGUGGCCAUGCGUAACGAGAGCUCGAUGAUGGAUGUCCAAGAUAUACAGGAGCGGUGGAUCGACAACAAGGAAGCUUAUGACCGGGAGGAGCGGGAAGCCGACGAGAAGCAGGCUGCGCUGCGGGGCGAGCAGGACGGCAUGGAGUUUGAACCGCCACACCCCAGUGCACCGCAACCCAGCUCAGGAGACAUGAUGAUGGAUCCCGACUUUGGCGACAUGUCGAUGCCUGCCAACAGCGGCAUCCGGGUAGUAAGGAAGAAGUAA